AUGCCGCACUCCUUCGGUUACCGGGCGCGUACGCGCGACAUGUUCAAGCGGGGCUUCAAGGAGCAUGGUCCCAUCAAGAUGUCGACGUACCUCAUUCCCUACCGCGUAGGUGACAUUGUCGAUAUCAAAGCAAAUGCUGCACAGCAAAAGGGUAUGCCCCAUAAAUUCUACCACGGUCGGACAGGGAUUGUUUACAAUGUUACCCCAAAUGCUGUCGGUGUGAUUGUCAACAAGGUUGUCGGCAACCGCUACAUCGAGAAGCGGGUGAACAUUCGCGUUGAACACAUCCGGCACUCAAAAUGCAGGAAGGAGUUUUUGGACCGUGUUCAACGAAACCGCGAUGCAACUGUGGCUGCUCGCGAGAAGGGCGAGAAAGUAUCGCUCAAACGUGUCCCUGCUCAACCCCGUGAGGCGCGUGUUGUGUCGACGGAGGGAAAUGCACCACAGACCAUGGUUCCUGUCCGUUACGAGACGACAAUUUAA